UCCAACCAAACCCUUUCUUCAAAAGUUUCACAUUUUUCAAUUGAAUUCCAAAAAAAGAGAUGAAAAUGGAAGAAGAAAACAAUGAUGGUGGAAUUGAAGUCCCUUCAUAUUUCCUUUGCCCAAUUUCUCUUCAACUCAUGAGAGAUCCAGUCACAAUCUCCACUGGCAUCACUUACGAUCGAUCCAACAUCGAAAAAUGGCUUUUUUCUUGCAACAAAAGAAUUUGCCCCAUUACCAAACAACCAUUAUCACCCGAUCCUGAUUUAUUAACCCCAAAUCAUACUCUUCGCCGUUUGAUUCAAUCUUGGUGUACACUCAAUGCUUCUCAUGGAAUUGAAAGAAUUCCAACUCCAAAAUCUCCUAUUGACAAAACCCAUGUCGCAAAAAUCCUCAAGGAGGCUCAAAAUUUUCCCAAUUCCAACCAAAAAUGCCUCCUUGCACUUAAAGCUAUCGUCUUGGAGAGUGAAAGAAAUCGCAACCUUGUGGCUCAAUCCGAUGGGGUUUUUGAGUUUCUAACUAAGGUUAUUAAAAGUGGUGGUAGUAAUAAUAUUGGUUCUAUUGAGUCAGCGGUGGAAAUUCUCUUUCACAUCAAACCUUCCCAAACCCAUCUCAAGAAUCUUGUAAAUGGCGAUUCUAACUUCAUCAACUCUCUUACUUUUGUCCUUCAAAAUGGGAAUUGUCAAUCUAGAGCCUAUGCGGUAAUGUUGCUUAAAUCAAGUUUGGAACUUGCUGAUCCAAUUCGGUUGAUGGGUAUUGAGAAGGAACUUCUAAGUGAAAUUGUGCGUGUGAUACAUGAUCAUAUAUCUCAUCAAGCCUCAAAAUCGGCAUUGAAGGUUCUCGCAGAGGUGUGUCCGUGGGGGAGGAACCGUGUGAAGGCGGUCGAGGGUGGUGCGGUUCAAGUGUUGGUGGAGUUGCUUUUGAAUUCGUCUGAGAGGCGGUGGUCGGAGCUAGGGUUGGUGGUUUUGGAUCAGCUUUGCGGGUGUGCAGAGGGGCGGGAGAAGCUUGUGGAACACGGGGCGGGGGUUGCAGUUGUGUCUAAGAAAAUACUUAGGGUUUCGGCGAUGGCGAGCGAUCGAGCUGUGAGGAUAUUGUCGUCGAUUUGUCGGUUCUCGGCAUCGGUGAAGGUGGUACAAGAAAUGUUGGAGGUUGGGGUGGUGGCAAAGUUGUGUUUGGUUUUGCAAAUGGAUUGUAGUUUAAAGACAAGAGAGAAGGCAAGAGAUAUACUAAAGUUGCAUUCUAGGGUUUGGAGUAACUCUUCAUGUAUUCCUCCACACUUGUUGUCUGCUUAUCCAUCAUCUUGAUGAUGCUUCUUCUUCUUCUGUUUAUUAUUAUUAUUUUAGAUGUAGAAACAUUGAAACAUAGAUUAUUGAUGUGAGCAAAAGUUGCUUGCAAUUAGGGAUUUUCAAAAUAUUUGGUAAUUGAAAAGAAUUGGUAUA